CGGAAGAUACUACUACUACUACUACUACUACUACUACUACUACUACUACUACUACUACUACUACUACUACUACUACUACUACUACUACUACUACUACUACUACUACUACUACUACUACUACUACUACUACUACUACUCACACUACUACUACUACUACUACUACUACUACUACUACUCACACUACUACUACUACUACUCACACUACUACUACUACUGAACAACUUGGGUAG